CUGAUAUUCCGCACAGUGUAGCCGGUUACACGUGUUUGUCACGGAGAAGUAGCAACACUUCAAGCUACAAUGUCUAUAUCUGCUCUCUGUAACGACAUGACCGGACGAACAGCAUGGGGACCCCUCAACGCAGGGCCAGCUGCAUUUUGUUCUAUAUCAGCGAAAACGCACAGAAAGAGAAAACACAAGAAGAAAAAGAGAAAUAAAACUGGGAUAGACCAAGAAUCUCCACAUGAACCAAACAAAUCCAAUAAAAGGAAGCAGAGUGAGACACUGGAGCAGCUCAGUUCUUCACAUUCUAUCUGCAGCACACUUAGCACUUGUUCAAACAGUUCACAGGACUGUAACCAGGUUUGUAAAGCUAAAAGGGCCAAAAUAAGCAGCAUACCUGGAAGUACAAGUGACUCUGAGUGCACAGUUUCGGUGACUGACAACUGGGAAGUGGACAGUGGCUUCUCUUCUGAGAUUAGUCCUCCGAGCAGUGGCCGAAGUUCUCCCUGUUUUGGGGUUCAGCACUCCAUGCUGGUGGCUUUGGACUGUGAGAUGGUUGGCACUGGCCUAAAAGGACAGUUCAGUGAGCUGGCACGUUGUAGUUUGUUAAAUUAUUCUGGAACUGUAAUAUAUGACAAGUAUAUCUUGCCUUGCCAACCUGUCACAGACUACCGAACAAAGUGGAGUGGAAUUAAGAAGGAGCACUUAAUGCAUGCUUUGCCUUAUAACGAGGCAAGGGAUGAGAUUCUGCAUAUCCUUAAAGGGAAGAUAAUAAUUGGCCAUUCUUUAAGACAUGACUUUGCUGUUUUGGGCAUCACUGUACCACAUCAUAUGAUUAGAGAUACUUCAUCAAUCCAGCUGCUGAGACAGAUGUAUGGUGAAUCUUAUAAAUCCAUCUCACUAAAAAGACUUUCUUGGAAAUUUCUCAACAGGAGAAUACAGGUUGGCACAAAUGGUCAUUGUUCUGUAGAGGAUGCUCGUGCUGCUCUUGAUCUCUACAAGCUGGUGGAAGAGCAGUGGGAAAAAUCUCUACAGGGACAUUCAGAUGUUUCUACUCAGUCCACGUCAUCCAUGGAGCACUACAUGCAGGAUCAGUACUGGCCUGAGAGUUUAAUGGACUGCAGUUAGUGAGGAACCUAGUGCUGUAUAUAGCAGUGGUACCAGCCAUAGUGAAUGCAGGUUGAUAGACCAGCCACAACGCAGCUUUGUCUGAUUUUACUCGUAAAACUGGUAUAUAUACACUUAGACCCAUGGUACUCAUUCAUACUCACAAUGAGCCAGAGUUACUGUAGGGUUGAUUAAUAGUUAUGAACAUAUGCGAUAUGAAAACCUGCAACCACUGUGACUGUGAAAAAUAGUGACUAGCACUGCCUUAUACAGAAAUGUACUGAAUUGCAGCCACUUCAUUGUGGGCUGUUUUCUUUCUUUUGGUAAUGUAAUGGCUAACAUUUGUCAUGUUUGACAGAUCUAUGGUCCAUGUUACUACAGAACAGUAAACACCUCAGGUUUAGAAAAAGAAGCUGCUAUUCAAAACAUUCUACCAAUCCAGAUUCCCUAAACAAUAAUGUUUUGCUCGUAGUUUCCACCUAGUAGGAAAGGGUUAAUUCUGGAAGAUUCUUGGCUAAGCAGCUUAUAUGUCUAGCUCAAAUUGGAAACCAAUCUCUGUUUAGUGCCUCUGUUUACAUAGUUUCACAACUGUUCUGAUCCGUUUUAAGAUUGUCCAGUCUUACACUAAGUAUUAGUAUAAGGAAUAAUACUGACCUACAAUAAUAGUGCCAUCAGAUUGGAUUUGACCAAUUGUAUUAAUUGUAAAUGUGUCUGAACCUGGAAUGACAAAUAUUUAAUGUGAACAUAGAACACAAACUACCUUAAAAUAUUGGAGCUUUUAUGUCAGCAUCUUAUGUUCAAUAGAAAGCAUAUCAUGAUGUACCUGAUACAAAUUUUGUGGGAUGGGAGGGGCUCAGUGCACUUUUUAAUUAUGUAGUAGUUGGAAGUCAGUUUUGUUUAUGGGGAGGUCCCACUGCAGUGGCAUGAUCAGGUAGCAACCACAUCUGGUUUUGUGUUAAAGUAAAUUGCAGAGAUGAAAAUUGAAACCACAGUUCCCUUUAGACUUAAAAACAGGUUGUGUAUUCUGGUGCCCUGUGUGCAUUGUUUUACAUGCUAUUUAAUGUAAGCAGUGGGAAUACUUGAAAUACACUCCAUAUGAUGUGGUUGUCACAUCAGGUAGUGUGUGUGCCAGUAUUUAAUCUCUGUAAGCAAACUGAAUAUUAUAUAUAAUAUAGUAUAUUAAUGUCUAGGCCAUAUUUGUACAACGUUUGUACUUGUAUUUGUACAAAAAGCUGUUGUGCAUAUUUAUUGAAUAAAGGAGGAAAGGUA